AACGCGACAAUCAAUAUAGAUAACAAUCAUUUUCAUGCAGAUCUUAGUGGUUGGGUUUUUCCAUGAAGGACAACUACGUGUUCCUGAAUCGAGUGUAUUCGUUGUCUGUGGAGAUUCUAUGGUUCCUACAGUAGCUGUUCAAUCUGGAGUGUUUCGUUGUUCAGUUGCGCCUCAGUCUCCUGGAUCAGUGAACCUGUACUUGAGUUUUGAUGGCCACACACCUAUUAGCCAAGUUUUGACCUUUGAGUUUCGUGCUCCUUCAGUGCAUAAAGGGAUUACCCCUGUGGAAAGUAAUUCUGAUUGGGAAAAAUUUCGAUUUCAGACAAGGCUUGCUCAUUUGCUGUUUUCGUCAUCCAAGAGCCUGGAUAUCUUUUCCACUAAAGUAUCACAAAAUGCCUUGAUGGAAGCCAAAGAUCUUGCUCAGAAAACGUCACUUAUCUCCGAUAAUUGGAAAUACUUGAUUAAAUCAAUUGACGACACCAAAAUGCCUUUUCCUCAGGCAAAAGAAAGCUUGUUUGAGUUGACUUUGCAUAAUAAACUUCAAGAAUGGUUGCUAGAAAAUGUAUUAGCAGGGCGCAAAAUUUCUGAAUAUGAUGAACAGGGUCAAGGUGUAAUUCAUUUAUGUGCCAUUCUAGGUUAUACAUGGGCUGUUUAUCCUUAUUCAUGGUCUGGCUUAUCGUUGGAUUAUCGAGACAAAUUUGGAUGGACAGCUCUUCAUUGGGCUGCAUAUUAUGGAAGAGAGAGAAUGGUGGCAAUUCUUUUAUCUGCUGGGGCAAAGCCAAAUUUAGUCACAGAUCCAACAUCACGAAACCCUGGUGGAUGUACUGCUGCCGAUCUUGCUUCUGUAAAUGGUUAUGAUGGUUUAGCUGCUUAUCUUGCCGAAAAGGGCUUAGUUGCUCAUGUUGAGGAUAUGACAUUGGCUGGAAAUGUCAGUGGGUCGCUGCAACCCACCACAAAUGAUUCAGCGAACUCCGAGAAUUGCAGGGAGGAGGAGUUGUAUCUGAAGGAUACUCUUGCAGCUUACAGGACAGCUGCUGAUGCAGCUGCACGUAUUCAGUCUGCAUUUAGGGAGCACUCAUUCAAACUUCGGACAAAAGAAGUUCAAUCAUCUAAUCCAGAGAUUGAAGCUCGAAACAUAGUUGCAGCAAUGAAGAUCCAGCAUGCUUUCCGUAACUUUGAUGCACGUAAAAAGAUCACAGCUGCUGCACAAAUCCAAUGUAGAUUCCGUACAUGGAAGAUGCGAAAGGAUUUCCUCAACAUGCGUCGUCAGGCAACCAGAAUUCAAGUGAGUUCUACAAGCUCUUUCUCAUCAUUUUGA